UUCUCGGUAGGUUUAACCCUCUCAUUCACCUGACCGAGCGAGAGCUCCCAUCUGCGGCGCUGUCAGGGCUUAUAACACUUUCGGCCUGGUUCAGGGUACUUCGAGUCGGUCAGCCCGGACUUUGGAGCCCCGGCCACCGCUAGGGGGCAGCGAAGUGAGCCUGAAUGUAGAAAGGCGGUCCCUGCCAAGGAGACGCCGGGGGCAAAGCAGCACGGUAGGAAGACUCCAUGGUUGGACGUCUGGAUCUCCAGAGGCACCGGCCCACUGGGAGACUCCUGGAAGAGAGUUUCCCAUCCGUCCUGAGGGAGGCAUGUUAAGCUUGCUGCGGACUACAAAUUCCAGCAUGCACCGCACGCGCCUCUCGGGCUCGCACAAAGACUAGAUAACCACCACUCCCGACGUGCCUUCUGCGACUGUGCAAGAACCAGAGUUCCGGGAUCGGUAAUUACAACUUCCGACUCGCAGGAAAACUGCGGCGGCGCUAUUUAACAAGCGUCAAAGAGGAGGACCCCGGCCACGCCCCUCUCUUCCAGUUCCGCUCCCUCGGCUAAGUGGCGAGGAGUGGGGCGGGGCUUUAGGCCCGAGCCAAGAUGGCGGCUGCAAAGCCAGCGCUCACGGACUCGCUCUCGUUCUGCCUCGCGCAGCUCGCGGCCGCGGCCGGGGAGGGCCUGGGUGGGGAAAAGGACUCAGCUACCAACGAGACACCUCUGGGCCGUGCGCUCUUAGCCCUCCGCACGCGCCACAUCAAGGCAGCGGGGGGCAUCGAGCGCUUCCGGGCACGCGGCGGGCUCCGCCCCCUUCUCGUACUGCUACGGCGAGCGGCUGCAGCGGGCCCCGCCCCUUCCCAGGCCGGCCCCGGCUCCGCCCCCUCAUCGGACGUGUCAGCUACUUCUGGCCCUGCCCCUUCAUCGGGCUCCGCCCCCUCCGCUGUGUCGUCGACGCCUUCGCCGCCAGUGCGCCUGCGCAAGACGCUGGACUUGGCGCUCAGCAUCCUGGCCAACUGCUGUACGGAAGGGGCGUGCCGGGCUGAAGUGCGCAGACUCGGAGGCAUACUCCCUUUGGUGACCAUUCUUCAGUGCGUGAAGACGGACAGCAUCCAGAACCGAACAGCCCGGGCUCUGGGGAACUUAGCCAUGGAACCUGAGAGCUGUGGGGACAUCCACUCUGCUGGUGCUGUUCCCCUGCUCGUUGAGAGCCUGACAGCCUGCCAGGACUCACAGUGCCUGCAGAGUGUGGUGCGUGCCCUCCGCAACCUGGCAGACUCACCCCAGCACCGCCUGGCCCUGGCACAGCAGGGAGCAGUGCGCCCACUGGCUGAGCUCCUGGCUGCUGCCCCAGACCCUGCACUGACCUCAGCCCUAGUCCGUGCCCUCCUGGAACUCAGCCGAGGUUGCUCCCGGGCCUGUGCUGAGCAGCUAAGUCUGGGUGGGGGACUGGGCCCACUUGUCAGCCUGGCUUCCCACCCCAAACGGUCAGUAAGCGAGGCCACCAUUCUGAUCCUUGCCAACCUAUGUGCCCAAGGCCUGGUACGACCUGCACUAGGCAAUGCUGGUGGUGUGGAGGUGCUACUAGGUGAGCUCCAGCGGCGCCGGGGCCCCAAUGGGGUCAGCCCCGCCUCCCAGCAGCCCCUGGUGCGGGCUGUGUGCCUCCUGUGCCGGGAAGCCAUCAACCGGGCCCGGCUGCGGGACGCUGGUGGUUUGGAGCUGCUGAUGGGCCUGCUGCGGGACCCUCGUGCCAGUGCCUGGCACCCUCGUGUUGUGGCCGCCCUUGUGGGCUUUCUCUAUGAUACUGGGGCCCUGGGCAGGCUACAGGCUCUGGGACUUGUACCUCUCCUGGCUGGGCAGCUGUGUGGUGAGGUUGGCGAUGAGGAAGAAGAGGGAAGAGAAGCUGCUUCCUGGGACUUCCCCGAGGAGCGGACCCCUGAGCGGGCAGAGGCUGGAAGCUUCCGAAGCCUCAGGUCGUGGCUGAUCUCUGAGGGCUACGCCGCAGGCCCUGGAGACAUCUCUCCAGACUGGUCUCCCGAACGUUGUCCCCCACCAGAGCCAGCGGAGCCAGUCAGCCCAACCUUGCUGCGGACACCACGCACACUGCGCACGCCAGGACGCAGCCCUGCCACCUCCACUGAGGAGCCUUGGGGACGUGAGGGGCCUGCGCUGUUGCUGCUGUCACGCUUCUCCCAGGCUCCCGACCCGAGCGGGGCACUGGUGACCGGCCCCGCACUGUGCGGCCUACUGGCUUACGUGACCGGUGCACCUGGUCCACCAAGCCCACGCGCACUGCGCAUCCUGGCGCGCCUCACCUGCAACCCUGCCUGCCUCGAGGCCUUCGUACGCAGCUAUGGUGCAGCGCUGCUGCGGGCCUGGCUGGUGCUUGGCGUUGCACCAGAUGACUGGCCCGCACCACGUGCCCGGCCUGCUCGCCGCAGCCAGCACCGAGAGCUGGGUGAGAUGCUGCUGCAGAACCUGACCGUACAGGCCGAGUCACCCUUCGGAGUAGGUGCCCUCACUCACCUGCUGCUCUCUGGGAGCCCUGAGGACCGUGUGGCCUGUGCGCUGACCCUGCCCUUCAUUUGUCGGAAGCCCUCUCUGUGGCGCCGGCUACUUCUGGACCAGGGUGGCCUCCGUCUUCUCCUCACAGCGCUAACUCGGCCCGUUCCACACCCGCUCUUCCUCUUCUUUGCUGCGGACUCCCUCUCCUGCCUGCAAGGCCUGAUGUCUCCCGCUGCGAGCCCAGCUCUCCCACCUGCAAGCCCCUUGGACCUAGACCCAUCCUCCCCUUGCCUCUACGAACCUCUGCUGGGCCCAGCCCCCGUCCCAGCCCCUGACCUGCACUUCCUACUGGACUCAGGCCUGCAGCUCCCCGCCCAGCGAGCUGCCUCAGCUACUGCCUCCCCUUUCUUCCGGGCUCUGCUAUCUGGCAGCUUUGCCGAAGCCCAGAUGGACCUAGUGCCACUGCGAGGCCUGUCACCCAGUGCAGCCUGGCCUGUCCUGCAUUAUUUGCAUGGCUGCCGGGGCUGUGGGGCUGCCCUGGGGCCUGUGCCCCCAGCAGGCCAGCCCUUGCUGGGCUCAGAGGCUGAAGAGGCGCUGGAGGCUGCUGGCCGUUUCCUGCUGCCUGGGCUGGAAGAGGAGCUGGAAGAGGCUGUGGGCCGCAUCCACCUGGGGCCUCAGGGCAGGCCAGAGUCUGUGGGUGAGGUGUUCCGCCUGGGCCGGCCCCGGCUGGCUGCCCACUGUGCCCGCUGGACACUGGGGCCAGGGCAGUGCCCAAGGAAGCGGGGCCUGGCCCUGGUGGGGCUUGUGGAGGCAGCGGGUGAGGAGGCAGGGCUCCUGACUGAGGCUUUACUGGCUGUGGUGAUGGGGAUUGAGUUGGAGGCAAAGGUCCCAGCCUAGACUGUUGAUGUCCCCUGGGAGGGGACCCAAGGACAAUUUGGCUGUGAAGGGGACCUCCCUCAGAAUGGUCAGGAAGAAGGCUGAGCAGAAGGAGUCAUCAUCGAGAACUGAUGAGAAGAUGGAACGGGACCCCCAGGAUGAUGCCGCGGACUCCCCUUGCUGCCUGCAAGGCCUGGUGUCUCCCACUGUGAACCCAGCUCUCUCACCCUCAAGCCCCUUGGACCUAGACCCACCCUCCCCUUGCCUCUACGAACCUCUGCUAGGCCCAGCCCCCAUCCCAGCCCUGACCUGCACUUCCUACUGGACUCAGGCCUGCAGCUCCCUGCCCAGCGAGCUGCCUCAGCUACCGCAGGAUGAGGAUCUGAAGACCCAGGAGCGAGAAGCCAAGGCCAGGCAGGGCCUGGGCAUGGGGCCCAAGAGAAUAACAGCCCAGGGCCCCGGAGA